UCGUAAGCGUAUGCGGUUAAGCGUGGUCAUGAAAGCGAGGAUUAGUCAUAUUGUCCGGUUCAGUCAGUCAUGAGAGGCAUUUUUAUUCCAAUCUGAAUUUUUAAAAAUGUCAGAAAUAUCUAAAGAAAAUGGAUGCUUGAAUACAACGUUUGGGAAUACAAGCGAUGGAUCUACUUUGUUUAAUUUCAUCAAUGCUAUCAAUUCGAUUAUCUCUGUAGUAGGACUCGGUGGGAAUAUUUUGGUGUUUUAUGUGAUAUGCCGUUUUUCAUCCAUGAGGACAAUCACAAAUAUCUUCAUUAUGGCUUUGUCAUUAGCCGAUAUCGCAUUCCUGGUUAAUGUUCCUUUAUUAAUAGUGACCGCUGUGUUAGAAAACUGGAUAUUUGGUGAUAUAUAUUGCAAAGUGUAUUACGUAAUGACAACGGUCAAUCAGUUUGCGUCCAGUUUUCUACUCGUUACGAUGUCGGCAGACAGGUAUUUUGCUGUAUGCCAACCGGUAAUUAGUCGAAAGAUAAGAACCCCCAAAAAGGCAAUAUUAGCGUGCUGCCUGGUUUGGUUUCUCGCAAUAUUAUUGAUGUGUCCGGUUUUUCUGUAUUCUGGAACCAUUUCUAAAGACGAUGAUGUCGGCGGGGAAACCAACUGCAACAUCGUAUGGCCGGACUUUUACGAAGUUCAGGGACCCAAAGUUUUCGCAUUAUACUGCUUUGUUCUGGGAUUUGCUUUGCCGGUUAUCUUCAUGUUCCUGUUCUACGGGCUGGUUCUAAAAAAAUUGCACAUCAAACAGGACAAUUCGGCUGGUUUGCGCAAGCAUCCAAGCGGUUCAGUGAGUACCGACGACCGACGCCGGCUCAAAUUUCGCCGAGUGUCAGCUGUUAUACUGGUCCUGAUGUUGGCCUUUCUGAUUUGCUGGACACCUUACUGGGCUUAUCAGAUCCACAUUACUUUCCUAAUUGACGACACACCCAUCACGGUGGACGAGUUUGAAAGUUGUCAACUUAAUGCCACACGGGAAGCCAACAUCCAACAGCAAAUCAUCUACACGGCAUUGUUUCUGCAGUGUUUGUGUUAUGCCAAUUCCGCGAUAAAUCCCAUUCUGUACUCUGUCCUCAGCCGGCAUUUCAAGCAAAGUUACGCUAAGGCGUGGAAGUGCUACACCGCCGGCAACCGUAACCGCAAACAUCAUACCCCCAAUCGAAUUCCGCGUUCUCCUUACGCCGGACACCCGAUAAUAGAUGCGCGGACAUAUCUGGCCCCGCCGUCACCGCCCUUGCAGUUAUGUGUGUCCAGAUCGUCAUCGGGGUGUCGCUCCGAGUUCUUCCUGUGAUACAUGUACCUCGCUCACGUGCGCUGAAUCAGGUAUCCGAUCACUUUCGACCUCAUGAGGCUACAUAAUAUUGACGGAUGCUCUGCGCGACUGCAUUAUCUGAUGUACUACUGAGUAGUAGAACUAUUGUGUUUUGAUGAUUAUCUUCUACAAACCCCUAAUUUUGUAAGAACACGAUAGCUUUUAUGUCCGGAUGUUGUACUUAUUCUGUACAUAAUUUUUGUUGAACAGGAGCAUAUAAAGCAACA